AUGGCGGCAGUUGAGAAUCACUUUACAGUCUUCAUUCGUCUACCCUUUAACCGGGGUGACUUUGUCGACCCUCCCCCUGUAGCCUGGUCUGCCACCAAAGAGCGUGCUCUAUGGGAUAUCUUGUCCCGACAAGCCAAGGGCAACGAAAUCGACUGGCGCUCCUUGUCCGAGAAAUUCGAGGUCACGCAGCCUUUCCUGCUUCAACAAGCUGCAUGGCUUUACGAGCGACAACUAUCUCAAGUCCGGGCGCAGAUGCGUCGAGUAGGGGCCCGACAAUCGGCCACACCAUCACCGGCACCCGGAUCGACGGCUGCCAGCAUGGUUGGAGGACAAGCGAUGAAGCGAGCAGGAAGUGGAGGCUCACGGGUACCCUCACGCCUGUCCACCCAGGCACUUGGGUCUCCGGUGACAGGGGGAGACAGCACUCCUGGAACGCCUGCUAAGAGUAGAGGUUCUCUGCCAUUCCGCAACCCUUCGGUCGCCGGAGCGGGCGGCGUCGGCACCAGUUCAUCCCAGGCUCGAACCGUGUCCGGAACUGGAACCGGGACUGGGACUGGGAUAUCCAGGCCUAUAUCGCGACAAUCGUCCAAGGACACAGAAGGAGUGGCCAACUACGCCGUCGCCCAAUCCCGCCGAGGAAGCAUCCAACAUCAUCUGGCACGAUCGCCGGGUCUGACAAGGACGGUGGCCGCGGCGGCGGCGCCCGAGUCGUCGGAAUCCGAGGAAGAACUGACCCAGUCACGCAUCACUGCGCGCCGACCUAAUCCUUCGUCCAUCCAUCGUCGGACGCUCUCGUUGCGAAAAGACCCCCGAUCCCACCGCGGGUCUUCUUCCAAUCCCAGUGACACCAGUACACCGCAGCCGCAAGGAUCUGACGGCGACGACAACAAUGAUGAUGAUGGGGAUGAAGACGAAGACGAUGAUGGUCCCGCGUUUCUGCCGUUCGCGACACCGCCUGUUUCCGAGACACGAGCUUCGCUCGCCGGCCGUCCAUCGUCAUCCUCGCAACCACCACCACAAGAUUCUGGCGCGACCUUGCGUGGCCCAGGCCCAGCUACUGUCAAACAUCAACAGCAACAACCAGCACAGCCACCCCUGGGGUACUCAUCGCGACCAGCAUCCAUCCGGCGAACGACGUCGGAACGUAUCGGCUCGCCUGAACCGCCCAGCAGCAGCACCACCAGCCCUAUCCAGACUGACCGACCUCGAGGACCUGCUAGUAUUACGGCUCCGACCACUUCAACUGCACCAAGUACACAAGGCACUGCAAGACAGAACAAACCUUCUUCAACACCAAUGCCAACAGCAGCUGCUGCACAACCGCAGCCGACAGUUGCUCCUACACCGCCAACAAAUCGUCCGGCAAAUUCGAAUCCGAAUCCCACUCCAAACCCCUUGUCCCCACCCCACCGCGCGCUUCUCCAGUCCUCGCCACGGCGCCAUCCGGGACCCGGCUCCGACACCUCUCCGAGCAUGGGAUCAUCUUUUUCCGACCUGGACGAUGCCAGCGUGACGCAGAGCGCGCUGGAAGAGGCCUUACUCAGCGGCAUGGGCAACACGACCAUGACCAUGCCCGGCGCCGGAGUUGCUGGAAGAGUAAGUGGGAUCAGUCAGGCUUUACGGAGUCGGUAUUUCGACUCGAACCGAGGUAGCGGCGAUACCAACGCUGGACAGCAGCAGCAGCAGCGACAACGCGGUGGUAGAGCGGGGAACCAGUGA